CAGAAGUGGGAUUUAACCAUGGCUAAAAUGGGACGGGUUCUUGUAAUUGCUGGUUCUGACAGUUCUGGCGGAGCCGGUCUCGAGGCGGACCAAAGAGUGCUUGCUGCACAUGGCUGCUAUGCCCUAACGGCGACGACGGCCUUAACAGCUCAGAACACUCUGGGCGUUCAAGAUAUCCAUGUUGUUCCCGCAGAAUUCGUCCGCAAGCAGAUCAACGCUGGGCUGGGAGAUGUCGGAGCAGAUGUUGUCAAGAUCGGAAUGCUGGCGUCCGCUGAGACAAUAGCAAUAGUCUCCGAGACCUUGCGCGGGCACAAAGUGCCGUCAAUCGUUUUGGACCCUGUUAUGAUAUCUACUAGCGGCUCCCAGCUUCUUCCAUCUGAUGCGGUGGGAGCAAUCCGCACAAGUCUGCUGCCAAUCACGACAGUUUUAACCCCUAACAUACCUGAAGGAGUACUUCUUCUUCGCGACUCGGGGGUCAAUGUACAAGAUCCUCAAAGUCUCGAGGAUGCUGUCCAAUUAGCCAAGCAACUGCAUGGAUUAGGACCAAGGUACAUCCUACUCAAAGGCGGCCAUUUGCCCCUGACUGCUGCACGACAGCGAUCAAGUGGUGCGGAGGACGCAUCCAUAGUCGUCGAUAUCUUGUACGACGGGAGCUUCGUGACAUUGGUUGAGGCCAAAUUUUCCCGGUCUAAGAAUACCCAUGGCACCGGAUGCUCCCUAGCUUCUGCAAUUGCCGCCAAUGUCGCGAACGGGAUGGAGACCGUGCGCGCUGUCAAAGAAGCAUGCCGGUUUGUGGAAGCAGGUAUCAAAACGAGCGUUGACUUGGGCAAAGGCCAUGGGCCUAUCAACCAUUUCCACUCUGUUUAUACACUACCCUUUGCACCCGGUCAUUUCCUGGAUUAUAUUUUAGAGCGGCCCGAUGUCCAGCCGGUAUGGCAAGCCUUUACAAAACAUGAGUUCGUGGCCCGGCUGGCGGAUGCAACGCUGCCGGUUGAAAAAUUUAAGCAUUACUUGAUACAAGAUUAUCUUUACCUCGUCCAUUUUGCCCGAAGCAAUGCAUUAGCUGCCUACAAGAACAGGACGAUUGACGGAAUUUCGGCAAUCGUACUUCAUAUCGAACGCGAAAUGGCCUUGCAUCUCGACUACUGUGCAUCGUUCGGGUUGUCUAAGGAAGACAUUGAAUGUCGUAAAGAAAGUCAAGGUAUUUUUGUCAAGAUGUACAAAAGCUCAAAGAUUCCGAAGCUAAAUUCUUUCUCUGCAAAAGCGUGCACCGCAUAUAGCAGGUACAUUCUUGACGUAGGUCAAUCCGAAGAUUGGCUUGGGCUGCAAGUCGCCCUUUCGCCUUGCCUAAUUGGAUAUGGCGCCAUAGCAAAACGCUUGCACGGCGACGAGAAGAGCGUUCGCACCGAAAAUAAGUAUUGGAAAUGGAUCGAGAAUUACGUUGCAGAAGACUACUCCGAGGCUGUAAAGCUAGGUUCAGAACUUCUCGAGACCCACAUGAGAAGUGUUUCUCGAGUACGAAUGGAAGAAUUAGUGCAAAUAUUCAUUAGGGCCACAGAGCUGGAGAUAGGCUUCUGGGAGAUGGGACUGCAGGGGGAGUGA